AAAGUCAAUCAGAUUAGCCACACGUCGGCCGAACGCGCCGCGAGCGUGCUGUGUACACGCGUUGGCUGACCGCAGCACGAUGUCCGGAAAGAAGUUAAACUUGGACUUGGUCCUUGAAGAGUUGGGACAGUUCGGAAGAUAUCAGAUAAAGAACUACCUCUUAAUUUUGGUACCCAUACUAUUUAGUGCGAUUUACAAUAGUCAGUAUAUCUUUGCAGCUGCCAGCAUAAAUUACAGAUGUCGCGUGCCCCAAUGUGAAGAAACGCCGCCUCGUUUCGAGACGAAUGGUUGGGGGCCGUGGGCGCUGCCAGACUCGGGCGGCCGGUGCGAGCGAUAUGUGUCUACGGGAGAUACUUGUUCGGCAGAUUCCUUUAACAACUCCCAGACUGAACGCUGCAACAGCUGGGUUUAUGAACACAACAACACUAUUGUUGCCACCUUUGACCUGGCGUGCGCCGAGUGGAAGCGAACGCUGGUUGGGACCAUACACAGUGCAGGCAUUUUCAUCGCGCUGCCGCUUACUGCCUAUAUAUCAGACUCAUUCGGUCGACGCGUAGCGUUUAUCCUGACGGCUGUGGCACCAGCGGCGGUGGGCGUGAUCCGGUCCUUUUCCACCAACUACAUCAUGUACGUUAGCCUUGAGCUAAUCGAAGCUAUUGUCGGCUCAGGCGUCUACACCUCGGGUUUCAUUCUAGCUUUAGAGAUGGUGGGAAUCAACCGGAGAGUCCUCGGCGGAAAUAUGAUAUCCUGUGCAUUUGCCAUCGGGCAAGCGUUGGUAUCACUAAUCGCUUGGGGAAUUCCAGAGUGGAGAACAUUGACGAGGGUCCUUUACGCUCCAUCGUUCAUAUUUAUCCUGUACUGCUUUAUGAUAGAAGAGAGUGUCCGAUGGCUGCUAAGCAAAGGAAAAAUAAAGGAGGCAGCGAGAAUAAUAUUUAAAGCGGCCGAGAUAAACAAAAAGAAAUUAUCCCCGGAGACGAUAAAAUUAUUGACCGAUGAAAAUGUUCAAUUGGAAGAUUCCGCCCCUACGAGCGAUGAUAAGAAGGAAUCUCUGGCGAUGCAAGUCCUCCGCUCCAGGGUCUUGAUGUCGAGAUUGUUUAUUUGCUCGUUUUGGUGGAUCACAGUGACGUUUAUUUACUACGGCCUAUCCAUAAACUCUGUAUCCCUCGGGGGCAAUAGUUACGUAAACUACCUCCUCACUGCGCUGGUAGAAAUUCCGGGAUACUGUCUCAGUGUGUUGACCUUGGACCGCUUCGGGAGGAAGGCGUCUAUCAUGACUGCAUUCUUCGUUUGCGGAUUAUCACUGCUCGGAUUGCCAUUUAUACCAGAACAUGUACAGUGGGCUCAAACGUGCCUCAACUUAUUGGGAAAGCUGGCCAUCAGUAUGGUGUUCAGUAGUAUAUAUAUAUACACAUCAGAACUGUACCCCACAUCAGUACGUCACACGAUGGUAGCGCUGUGCUCUAUGGGGGGCCGGAUAGGGCAACUCAUCGCGCCACAGACCCCCCUUUUGAUGGAGUACAUGCCAUCACUGCCGUACCUUUUAUUCGGAUUAAUGGCAGCGAUAGCAGGAUUUCUGAUGCUGCUCACGCCAGAAACUCUCCACAUUCAGCUGCCUGAUACCAUCAAGCAGGCUGAAGGGAUAGCCAUUGCUCCGAGAACCAGAAAGACCACAGACAUCAUAGUGGACUAGGUUUAAGUCUCGCGGUUCAGUUUGUUCGUUCCUUAAAAAAAAAUAUCACGGUCUGAAAGCUCUUGAUUUGCGUUCCAUAAUCUCAUCCAAUAGAAAAUUUGUUUAUAGUUUUAUGAAGAUAUAGCUUUUAGUAUAGUUUUAAAGUGCUUCUACUAAGAAUAGACUUACUAAAAUAGCCGCUCUCUUUCUGACAAUUUGUGUUGGAGCUGUGUUGAAAAUAAAUGAGUGUUUUUGUGAAAAAUCUGGUUGCAUUGUCCUGACUGAGGAUGAGCCGUAUAACAAUAUUCUAUAUUAUUUUAUCUUUGUAAAGUUGUAUUUUAUGCACAUUAAAAUAUUUUAUUUUCUUAAAGUUUCGCUAGUGCUAAAUCGGAAAUAAAUCAUGAAAUAUAAUGCAGCGCCUGCGAGAAAUGUUAGACGACCGAACCUUCACAACAAAAAAUUAUUUCAUAAAAUGUUGGUGAAAUAUCAUUUUGUAUAUCAGAAACAACACUGAAGGGUUUUGUAUUUAAACUGAUUACAUUUUAUGGUAAGUAAGACGGCAUGGAAACAUGCUUUUAACACACCCGACAUUACCUCUAAUCAUAUUAUUUUACUUAAAUUGAGUCAUAUUAGGGAGGGAUAUAACAAUUGUUUUCUAACUGUAAAAUAACUAUUAUGCGCUGAAUAGAUGAUGUUUUGUCACAUUAAUUUAUUGUUACAAUGAUGAAUACAAAACUUCUUAAUAGGUAUUUGAGGUUUAUCAAAAAUGUACGUUUUUAAAUAAAUGGUUGGAUUGGACAAUGACUCAAUAGACAUGUCCUGUACUGGUAGCCUCCAGCUGCGAUCUGGAUCAAACGGAUAUAAAGGUAGUACCGAGUCUUUAUCCGUAAUAUUAAGAAUCUACAGAUCGCAACUGGAAGAUUUCUGUUCCACGCCAUGCAACAAGAGCGUAGCGAAGGCGAGACGACUGGCCUAUAAAGAAAUUUCUUAAUAUAUAAAUAUUUGUACACAAUACGUGUGUACAAUAAAGUCCCGCACCACAAGAUUCGAGGAUUUUGGGAAUUUUAUUUAUUUAAAGAAAUGGGUUUCAUUUUAUUUUGUAUUGCGUGCCGUUUAAAACGAUAUUUUAUGCAAAACAAAAUUUUUGCCAAAUAUUAUUGAAAUUAUAAGAUAAAGGAUAGAUCUAGUCUAGUUUAUUUGGGAGCUCACUAAUAUAAUUUACGUCAUGAAAAAUGUGUAAAAAAUUAUAGGAGAAUUGGGAGAACUUCUAAGUAUGCCAAAAGUAUGACAAAUAAAAUAUGUACAGCUAA